GAGAGAGAGAGAGAGAGAGACAGAGUGUUUGAGCACAUUGCUGUGCAGCAGCCUCGGCGAGGCGCGAGGGCUACCGAUGCCUGAACGUCGCACACACUAACGCACACGCUCACCCGCGCGCGCGUCCGCAACUUCUUAUGGAUGGUAGUCCGGAGUAGCGCGCGGGAUCCUGGCGGAGCGGAUUUAGCGGCACGAGGAGAAAAAGGAGGAAAAAAGGUGUUUGAGACGGAGUGGCGUGAUGGCGAGCAAAUCUCCGACAAUGAGAGGAUGGGUCUGCUGAUGGUAGGGCAGUGACCAUGGCCCCCUGGCCAGGAGUUCGGGCCGUUCUCCUUCCAUUGGCCCUCCUGGCGUUUCUGUCUCCAGCGCCGCUGGUCCAUUGCCAUGGCGACAGGUUCCGCCUCCAGUUCACCCAGCCGCUGUACCACGCAGCUGUGUACGAGAACUCUGCAGCUCGGACGUACGCAGUCAGCCAGGUACGUAUGGGUGUGCCCCUUCUGCAGCGCUCCUGGGAGGUUCGUUUCCGCAUCACAGCUGGUGAUGACGAAGGAUUUUUCAAGGCGGAGGAAUACACACUGGGGGACUUCUGCUUCCUCCGAAUACGGACCAAAGGAGGCAAUGCUGCCAUUCUGAACCGAGAGAUCCAGGAUAACUACCAGCUGACUGUAAAAGCCUCCAUUAAAGGCGACACUCUAGAGGCUUGGACUAAAGUUAGUGUCCAGGUUCUGGACAUGAACGACCUCCGUCCUCUUUUCUCCCCAACCACUUAUUCUGUCACUAUCGCAGAAAACACUCCGCUUCGCACCAGCAUUGCCCAGGUGACCGCCACAGAUGCUGACACAGGCUCCAAUGGCGAGUUUUAUUACUUCUUCAAGGACCGUGUGGAUCUCUUUGCUGUUCACCCCACUAGUGGCAUUGUUUCCCUCAGCGGGAAACUAGACAUUGAUGUUCAAAGCCGCUAUGAUCUAGAGAUCCAGGCUGUGGAUCGUGGGAUGAAACUGUAUGGCAAUAACGGCGUCAGCAGUACCGCUAAACUUUUUGUGCAUGUGGAACGGAUUAAUGAGCAUGCACCGGAAAUUCAUGUGGCAUCACUAGCACCAAUCUGGGCUGAGAAGACACCAGCUGUUGCAGUGGUGACAGUCAGUGAUGCUGAUGAGGGGUUAAACGGAGAGAUCGAGGAUCUUAGCAUCAUAGCUGGGGAUCCUCUUGAUCUCUUCAGCAUUGAAAGACCUGAUGUAGGGAGUAUGGAAGAGGGAGAUAGCGGUGAGUUCAUUAUUCGAGCUCCUGAGAAUCUGGACUGGGAAAGUUACCCAUUUGGGCUAAACCUGAGUUUGCAGGCGAGGGAUCGAGGCAUGCCGCAGAAGUUUUCCACUGUGCAAGUGGUGCACCUUAAGCUGUCCAGGCCUACCCCAGCAGAAGUCCGGUUCCAGAAGGAUGCAUAUGAGGUCAGCCUGACUGAGGUCGCACCUCCAGGCACUGUCUUGGUGGCAGUGAAGCUCCAGCCUGAGCCGGAUGAUGCAGAAUACAUCCUGACACCUUCUGCAGACUCCGCAUUUUUCAAUAUCAACACCAUGACGGGUGUCAUUAGCACAUCGCGCUGGCUAACAAAGAUCACGCAGCAGGUCUUCGAGUUAGAGGUCAUGGAAGUCGACAGUGAGCUCAGGGUCAAUGUCCGGGUGUCACUGGAAGAUGCUAAUGACAAUGCACCCAUAUUUGCACAACAGUCUUAUGAGGUUUUUGUCAAUGAAAGUGUUGGCAUAGGGACCACAAUUGUGACAGUUGCUGCUUCGGAUGCAGAUCAUGGAGAGAAUGGGUACAUCACAUACAGCAUGGCAAGUCUGACCCCGCUUCCAUUCGCCGUCCACCAGUUUAGCGGAGCCGUCACUACAACACAAGAGCUGGACUUUGAGUCAUCUUCAGAGAGCUUUAGUUUUGUGGUGCGAGCUUCAGACUGGGGCUCCCCCUACAGGCGUGAGACUGAAGUUAAUGUAACUGUGCACCUGGAGAAUGUGAAUGACAACCAGCCACUAUUUGAAAAAGUUGACUGUGUAGGAGUGGUGUCCCGUGAGCUCCCAGUGGGCGAGGUCAUCACUACCAUGUCUGCAAUAGACAUUGAUGAGUUGGAGCUGGUAAAGUAUAAGAUCCUCUCAGGUAAUGAGCAUAGCUUCUUUGAUCUGAACCCAGAUUCCGGAGUCAUGACUCUUCGUCGAUCUCUUGCUGUGGCUAACCCCAAAAAUUCCUUCAGUCUCAAAAUCACUGCCACGGAUGGUGAGACCUUCUCGGACCCCAUGUUUGUGAACAUAUCUGUUGUCCAGGGCAAAUCUCCACCAAAAAGCUUCAGCUGCAAGGAGACUCGUGUAGCCCAACGCCUUGCUGAGAAGCUACUCCGGAAGGCCAAAGCCAACAGCAAACCCAAAAUCGAGGAAGGCUUCAUCGACUUGUUCUCUGUGAACCGGCAGACGCCUCAAUUUGACAAAGCCUUCCCUAUUGACAUCACAAUCCGUGAGGACCUUGAUGUUGGCACAAGUGUGUUCCAGGUCAAAGCAUACGAUGGUGACACAGGGUUUAACGGCCAGGUGCUGCAUGCCAUCUCCAGUGGAAACACGGACAGUAGCUUUACCAUUGGCACAUUUAGCGGAGUGAUUAGCAUUUUCCUCCCCUUGGACAGGGAAAGAACUGACAGAUACCUUCUGAACCUUACGCUAUAUGACUUGGGCCAGCCACAGAGGUCUGCCUGGCGCCUCCUCACUGUCUAUGUGGAGGAUGCCAAUGACAACUUCCCACAGUUCCUGCAGGAUGGUGGAUAUCAGGCAAGAAUCCCGGAAAACACCCCUAUUGGUACGGAAGUGAUCCAAGUGGAAGCCACGGAUAAAGACCAGGGCUUGAAUGGCGAGAUCCAGUAUUCCCUGCUGACCAGCACUUCUCAGUUUGGCAUCAACAGCACCAAUGGGAUUGUGUACGUUGCUGGCCAGCUGGAUCGUGAGAAUGUGCCCUCAUUUGUCCUCAAGGUGGAAGCCCGGGACAAGGCGGACCGGACAGCUCAGCGGUUUACCAUCACCACACUUAGCAUCUCACUGGAGGACGUCAAUGACUGUGCACCGGCAUUCAUACCGAGUGUGGUUAGUGCUCGGGCACUAGAGGACCUGCCUCUGGGCACCGUUAUUGCCUGGCUAGACACGCAGGACCCUGACCUUGGACCUGGAGGUGAGGUCCGCUACUCACUUGCUAGCGACUACGAUGGCCGUUUUGAAGUGGAUAAGGUUAGCGGAGCCAUCCGGCUAACAAAGGAGCUGGAUUAUGAGACUCAACAGUUCUUCAACCUGACGGUUCGGGCAAAAGACAGGGGACGCCCUGUCUCCUUGCUGUCGGUUAGUUUUGUGGAACUAGAGGUGGUGGAUGUAAAUGAAAACCUCUAUGCACCGUAUUUUUCCAACUUCGCCUUAAACGGAUCAGUGAAGGAGAGCGUUCGGAUUGGGACGUCUGUGCUACAGGUUUCAGCCCAGGAUGAUGACACUGGCCGGGACGGGGAGGUGCAGUACUCCAUCCGGGAUGGCAGUGGACUCGGCAGGUUCACCAUUGACGAGGAGACAGGUGUGAUCUACACCACGGAUCUGUUGGAUCGGGAGACGCAGGAUUCCUAUUGGCUGACGGUUUACGCCACAGAUCUGGGGGUGGUGCCUCAGUCAGCAGCGCUGCAGGUUUACAUCCAGGUAGAGGACGUGAACGACAAUGCCCCGCUGACCUCGGACCCCAUGUACCACGCGUCCGUUCCUGAGAACUCUCCCAAAGAUCUGUCCAUCAUCCAGAUUCAAGCUCAGGAUCCGGACGCCAUGGCAACAGAGCCCCGCCUCUCCUUUCGCAUCGCCAGCGGCAACCCACAGAACUUCUUCAGCAUCAACCCACGCACGGGUCUCAUAAUGACGACGGCUCGGAAACUGGAUCGAGAACAACAGGCUGAACACGUACUGGAGGUGACGGUGUCGGACGGAGGCCCCUCCCCCCGGCACACCACCGUUUGGGUGGUGAUCCAGGUUCUGGACGUGAACGAUAACAAGCCCGUCUUUCCGGAGAAGCUGUAUCAGGUGCGUCUGCCUGAGCGUGGCCGGAAGCAGCGGGGCGGCCCCAUUUACCGCGUCUUCGCCUACGACGCCGACCAGGGCGCCAACGCCGAGCUAUCUUACAGCAUCGUGGACGGAAACGAGGACGGCAAGUUCUAUAUCGACCCCAAAACGGGCGUGGUCUCCUCCCCGAAGAAGCAGUUCUCCGCUGGAACCUACGACAUCCUUACCGUGAAGGCAGUGGACAAUGGUCGUCCUCAGCGCUGGGCCACGGCGCGGUUGCAUAUCGAGUGGAUCCGGCGGCCACCGCCCAGCCCAGUUCCACUGGUGUUCGAUGAGCAGCUGUACAACUUCACCGUCAUGGAAACGGACAAAGUGGCUGAAAUAGUGGGCGUGGUCUCAGCUCAACCACAAAGAGCCAUGCCCCUGUGGUUUGACAUCACAGGUCCGCGCCCUUUCCGUGAGAUGUUCUAUGUUCUCCAGACCGCUUGUGGCAGGAACUGUUCUACAGAAGGUGGCGAUGAUGAGAGUGUGUUUGAUGUGGAGAAAGGUGUUGGUACCAUCAUCAUUGCUAAACCUCUGGACGCCGAGCAAAGAUCCUUCUACAACCUCACACUGGAGGUGACCGACGGCACCAACGUGGCUUACACACAGGUCCACAUCACCGUUAUGGACAACAACGAUAACGCCCCCGUGUUCUCCCAGCCAACCUAUGACAUCACCAUGGCAGAAGACACGCCCCCGGACACGGAGGUCCUGCAGGUUUUGGCGUCGGACCGUGACGAGCGCCACCGUCUGACCUUCAGCAUUUUGGGCAGCGUGGACCCCAGCAGCAUGCGCCUGUUCCGCAUCAACCCCAACACCGGCACCAUCUACACCGCACGCCGCCUCGACCACGAGAGCCGCAACCAGCACGUCCUCUCCGUCAUGGUGAAAGACCAGGAGUUCCCGUACAGACGGAGUCUGGCCCGUGUGCUGAUUGGUGUAGAGGAUGUGAAUGACCACACCCCCCAGUUCACCACACCAAUGUAUGAUGGACAGGUGUACGAGUCUGCGGCUCUGGGCUCUGCCGUCCUCACAGUGACGGCGCUGGACAAAGACAAAGGCCAGAACGCUCAGAUCAGCUACAGCAUAGACUCGGGAAACACUGGAAGCACAUUCCGGAUUGAUCCUGUUUUGGGAAUAAUCUCUGUGGCCCGAGAAUUGGACUUAUCCACCAUUGGUCACUACGUAUUAACAGUCAAAGCCAUGGAUAACGGCUCUCCUGCUUUGUCUGCCACUGCAGCAGUCCGCAUUGCAGUUACCCUCUCAGACAAUGCACCCCCCAAAUUCCCUCAAAGUGAAUACCAGACUGAGGUUGCAGAAGGUGUGGCCAUCGGGACCUCUGUAACCACAGUGAAUGCCCUCAGCCUGUCCACUCUGACCUAUGACAUUCGCCACGGGAACAGUGGCCGGACUUUCCGCAUCAACCAAUACAGUGGUGUGAUCACGACCCAGAAGCCACUGGACUUUGAGACAGUUUCCUCAUAUGUGCUGACCAUCACAGCUAGCAACAUGGCUGGACAGUCCUCCAAUGCCACAGUAACUGUUGCUGUGCUCGACCAGAACGACAAUUCUCCAGUUUUCCAGCAGGUGCGGUAUCAGGGCAGCAUCAGUGAGGGUGCAGGUUUGAACAGCGUGGUUCUUAGUGAAACAGGUGAGCCACUGGUCAUUCGAGCAACAGACGCUGACCGAAACCACAAUGCCUUGCUGGUGUACCAGAUCCAAGAAGAAACUGCCAGGCGCUUCUUUGCUGUAGAUGCUGGAACUGGCUCCAUCAGGACUAUUGCUCAGCUGGACCAUGAAACCACACCAACUUUCCGCUUCCAUGUUAGUGUGAGGGACAGUGGGCGGCCCCAGCUGUCAGCCGAGCGUCCGGCAGAGGUUACUGUCCAGGUUCGAGACAUUAAUGACUGUCCACCUCAGUUUUCCCAGGAUUCCUAUGAGGCUGUUCUCCUGUUGCCCACCUAUGAGGGAGUGGAGGCCCUGCGAGUUUCUGCUUAUGAUCCUGAUGGUGAUGGCCAAUCAGAGCUGGCUUAUUCCCUGACUGAUGGCAGUUUGGAGCACUUUGCUAUGGAACCAGACACUGGACUACUAACAGUUCGAAACAGCACUUUCAGUAAAGACCGAUUCCGUUUUAACAUUCGUGUGUCAGACGGUCGAUUCUCUAGCACAGCUCUGGUGACUGUUCUGGUCCGUGAGGCACUGGACAGUGGAUUAGCCUUCACGCACAGUGUCUACAAUGCCAACAUUCAGGAAAACAAUGGCAAUAUGACAACAGUUGCUGUGGUUACAGCACUUGGUAACAGAUUGAACGAGCCACUACGCUACAGCCUGCUGAAUGCCGGUGGAAAGUUUAGAAUCCGUCCCACGUCUGGUGCCAUAGAGACAGUAGGAGUCCCAUUAGACAGAGAGGAAAAGGAGGAGUAUGGGCUUCUGGUUCAGGCAGGAAGAGAAGAGGACAGGUUAAGGGUUGCUCGGGCACUGGUACGUGUACGGGUUACAGAUGUCAAUGAUAACGCCCCAGUGUUUGUCGGACUUCCAUAUUAUGCAGCUGUGCAAGUGGAGGCAGAACCUGGAGCAUCCAUAUUCCGCGUAACAGCAGUGGACAGAGACAAAGGACUUAACGGUGAAGUCAGCUACUUCUUGCAGGAUGAGUUGGGACACUUUGAGAUGGAUCGAAUUAGUGGGGAACUAAGAUUACGCCGAGCUUUUGAAGCUGACUUGUCUAGUGUGGAAUACCAGGUUCUAGUGUUUGCACGUGAUGGUGGUACCCCACCUCUUUCAUCUUCUGUCACCUUCCCUGUUACGGUAGUGAACCGAGCCAUGCCUGUAUUUGACCGCCCAUUCUAUUCUGUAAAGGUGAGUGAGGAUGUGCCAGUGCUUACGCCAAUCCUAGGAAUUAACGCUAGCAGUCCAGAAGGACAGAGUGUCCUAUACACAAUCACACAUGGUGACCCAGGUACCCUCUUCUCCAUUGGCUAUGACACAGGAGUCAUUAGUGUUACAGCACCGCUGGACUAUGAGACCAAUCCUGCCCACAGGCUGAUUGUCAGGGCAACAGACUGCCUCACAGGUGCACGUGCAGAAGUAGAUGUUGAAGUAAUGGUUUUAGAUGUAAAUGACAAUGCCCCAGUUUUUGAACAACCAGUGUAUAAUGCAGUGAUCUCUGAAGCAGCCAUGAUAGGCACUCCUGCCCUGCAGGUGCAAGCGUUGGACAGUGACUCAGAGAAGAAUGCAGCAGUACGAUACCAGAUUAUCCCUGACCGUAGCAACAGCACAGACCACUUUCACAUCGACAGCAGCAGCGGCCUGAUACUGACUGCUCGAUCUCUCGACCAUGAGUCUGUUGAACGUUACAUCUUUGUUGUCAAAGCAACUGACAAUGGUUUCCCGCCUUUGAGCAGUGAGGUGCGAGUGAUUGUCCAGGUGAUGGACACAAAUGACAAUGCCCCGGUCUUCAACCAGCUACUGUAUGAGGCCUCUGUCAAUGAGCUUGCACCCAGAGGUCACUUUGUUACAUGUGUACAGGCAUCCGAUGCAGAUCGGUCUGAUACAGAUCGGCUUCGCUAUGGUCUGGUAUCAGGAAAUGAGCGGAUGCUGUUUGAGUUAGACGCUGCCUCCGGUGUCCUAACCCUGAGUGGCCAGCGGCGAACGCAACGCAUGCCAUCCACUUUCAGCUUGAACGUUAGUGUUUCAGAUGGUGUCUUCACCAGCACAGCUCAGGUUCACGUACGUGUGGAGCGAGCUAAUCUACAUUCUCCGCAGUUCACUCUGAGCAUGUAUGAAGCAGAGGUACGUGAAAACAUGCCAGCAGGAUCAAAAGUAAUCAUGAUCAGGGCACAGGAUGCUGAUCCAGGGCCUUUUGGAGAGGUGCGCUAUAUUCUACUCUCAGACACAGCUCGGGACUUAUUUAGCAUAGACAGCAAUGGUCAGAUCAUGACUCUGGAAAAGAUGGACCGUGAGGAACGAAGUGAAGUCAUGCUGUCUGUGGCUGCAGUGGAUGCAGGAGGUAGGGCUGGCUAUUGCAGUGUCCGGGUCAGCCUACUGGAUGAUAAUGACAAUGCUCCUCUGUUUGAUGCUUCAGAGUACCGUGCAAGCGUCCGAGCAGAAGUAGCAUCUGGCUCUGUAGUGAUCCAGGUUCAAGCAUGGGACGCUGACCAGGGGAUCAAUGGACAGAUCAGCUACAGCCUGUACAGCGAAGCCAGUCUGCAGGUAACAGAACUGCUGGACAUUGAUCCUGACAGUGGGUGGAUAGUCACCAAAGGUAAUUUCAGCCCCCUACAAGGGUCAGUGCUGUCCUUUUUUGUGAAAGCCUCAGAUGGUGGCUCACCUGUUCGGCACUCUCUUGCAUCUGUGUAUGUCCAUGUGCUCUCAGCUGAUGCCCACUUGCCCAUCUUUAGCCAGCCACACUUCUCCUUCACUGUAUUGGAGGACACUCCCAUAGGUUCCAUGCUUGGGGCAGUCCAUCUUCAGACACCUAUUGGGCAGUCCUCACUACCUGUCAGUUUCUCAGCUGUGAUUGGUCAUACUGCAGUUGCCAACAGUGAUGGGGUUUUUGUUGUGGACAGGGAGAGUGGGAUGAUAAAGUUGGACAAGCCACUAGACCGAGAGCGAACUCCAGUUUUCCAUUUUAAGGUGGCUGCCACGCUCCAGCAGGGACUUGUAGAUGCAGUCUCUGUUGUAGAUGUGGAGGUGAAAAUUUUGGAUAUUAACGAUAACAAACCUGCAUUUGAAUCAGACACCUAUGAAGCAUCGGUCAAUGAGGGACUUCCUGCAGGAACCAGGGUCCUCCAGGUGCGAGCAGUGGACCCUGAUUGGGCAGCUAAUGGUCAGGUGACAUACAGCCUUGCUCCUCCUGGGCUGCUUGGCUCAGGCAGUGAGGACUUGGAGGAGGGGAGUUUCUUCACGAUUGACAGCAGUUCUGGUUGGAUAUCGACGCUGAAGGGGCUUGAUCAUGAACACAGCCCUGCCCACAGUCUCACUGUCUGGGCAUAUGACCUCGGCGACCCCGCUAGCCUGUCAGCCUCGACAACAGUGACCAUAGCCGUAGGGGACUCCAAUGACAACAUGCCAGAGUUUCUGCAGGCCCGUUACUAUGGCAGCGUUCGCGAAAGUGACGCCCCGGGAGAAGUUGUGGCUGUGCUGAACACACGAGAUGACGACAGCUCCCCUGGCAACCGUCAGGUCACCUACCACAUCACAGGGGGGAAUCGUGGCGGGGUGUUCGCGCUCGGUUUGGUCCAGAGUGAGUGGAAGCUGUACGUUAAACGGCCGUUAGACAGAGAGGAGCAGGAGCAUUACCUCAUCAACGUCACGGCAACGGACGGACUCCACGUAGCUACGGCAACUGUGGAGGUGCUGGUGACGGACAUCAAUGACAACAGCCCUGUCUGUGACCCAGCGGUCUACACAGCCUCUGUCUCUGAGGAUGUUCCCAUUGGGAGGCUGAUCCUAAGAGUUAAAGCAACAGAUGCAGACGCAGGUUCUAACGCACAGAUUCAGUACACGCUCUCAGGACCCGGAGCCGAGGACUUCAUCAUUCACCCGUACACAGGAGAGCUGAAGACAGCGGUGGAGCUGGAUCGCGAGAAGGUGGCGCUGUACUCUCUGGUUGCCCGGGCGACAGACGGUGGUGGUCUGUGGUGCGAUGCUGCCGUUGCCGUGACGCUGCUGGAUGUGAAUGAUAACCCGCCGCAGUUCAGUAUGAGCCACUACACGACCAGCGUUUACGAGAACACGGCCACUAAAGCUCUGCUCACACGCCUGCAGGCCAUCGACCCCGACCUCGGAGAGAGCCGUAAGGUCGUCUACUCCCUGGUGGACUCUGCCGACGGGUUCUUCUCCAUUGAUAAGUCCUCAGGCGUGGUGGCUCUGGAGCGUCCGAUGGAUCGCGAGAUCCAGUCCUUGUACGUCAUCACGGUUCGAGCGUCUGACCAGGGCGUCCCUCUGCGGCUCUCGUCGCUCACCAACCUCACCAUCACAGUUCUGGACAUCAAUGACAACCCACCCGUCUUCGAGAGGCGCGACUACCUGGCCACGCUGCCCGAGGACGUCGCCGUGGCAACAGAGGUGCUGCGCAUUUAUGCUGCCAGCAAGGACAUCGGCACCAACGCUGACAUCUACUACAGCAUCAGAUCUGGAAACCAGCAGGGCCACUUCACCAUCGACGUCCACACGGGAGCGAUCUCCGUGUCUCGUCCUCUGGACUUCGAGUCCUGUAAAGAUUACUUCCUGACAGUCGAAGCUCGAGAUGGUGGGACUCCGCCCCUCAGCGCCGUUACCAUGGUGAACAUUAACCUGACGGACGUCAAUGACAAUGCGCCGAUGUUCAGCCGUGACAUUUAUAGCGCCACCAUCAGUGAGGACGCUAACAUCGGAGACACUGUUGUCAAGGUAACAGCAGAAGACGUUGACAGCCAGGUGAAUGGCGACAUCCUGUACUCCAUCAUCAACGGCGACCGCGAGAACCAGUUCUUCGUUGAGCCGAUCACGGGUCAGAUCAAAGUGAACAAGCAGCUGGACCGAGAAACGAUUGCUGGUUAUGCAUUGGUGGUCCGAGCUCUGGACAGUGGGACCCCCGCCAUGUCCUCCACAGUGGUGGUAAACAUCGAUCUCGCGGACAUCAAUGACAACCCGCCCACCUUCACCCCGGCCAAUCACACGGCAGUGAUACAGGAGAAUAAGCCAAUCGGAACAAGCAUCCUGCAGCUGUCAGUCAUCGACAAAGAUGCCAGUCACAACGGCCCACCCUUUCACUUCCGCAUCCUGUCCGGAAAUGAGGGGGGGUGGUUUAAGAUGGACAGGGAGGGGCUUUUAAUGUCCAAUCAGAUGUUCCGCAGGUCAGAGGGCACCGAGUACACCAUUCAGGUGGAGGCGCGAGACUCCGGCCGUCCCCCCUUGUCCUCCACGGCUGUGGUGAGCGUCCGUGUGAUAGAGGAGAGUGUCCACAGGCCCGUGGCGUCUCCGCUGCACGUCCACAUCAUCACCAUGGAGGACGAGUUCCCGGGCGGCGUGAUCGGCCAGAUCCACGCGACUGACCAGGACACCUUUGACAUCCUGACCUACGGACACACGCACCAGCAGAACAGCCUCUUUAAGGUUAGCCCCCGUGACGGCCGGAUAAUCGCUCUGAGUGGUCUGGAUGCUGGCCGUUACUCGCUGAACGCGACAGUGUCCGACGGCCGUUUCUUGGUCAGUGUGCCGGUCAGCGUGGAGGUCUCCGAGGCGUCGGCGGCGAUGCUGCGUGAGGCCGUCACCGUCCGCUUUGACCGGGUUGACCCGCACGACUUUGUCCACCGAUACCUGCCCGCCGUCCGCCGCGCCAUCGCUGUUGCCAUGGCGACGCCCCCAUCUCGCCCUGAGGCCCUGCGGGUGCUCAGCAUCCAGCCUGUGGAGGCCACAGGUCAACUGGACCUGCUGGUCGCCGUGGAGAUGCCCGACGGAGGCGGGUACUAUAAGGCGGCGUUUGUGAGUCAGAAGCUGAGCUCUGCGCGCAGGCAGCUGGACUCGGUGCUGCGCGUGUCAGCGGUGCUGGAUAAGAACUGCUCUGGGCUGGACUGCAGAGAGGCGCAGUGUGAGCAGAGCAUCACCCUCGACUCCCACUCACUGCUCACAUACAGCUCCCCCAAGACCAGCUUCGUCUCCCCACGAUUCCACAGGAGCACUCGCUGUGUGUGCAGCGAUGGUAGUUGUUCUGCUGUGUCUGAGGUUUGUGAGGACAUGGCGUGUCCAGGUGAUAUGCAGUGUGUGAAGACGGACAGUAACAGAGGACCGUACGCCUGUCAGUGUCCACCGGGGAAACUCGGAGAGUGUGCAGGCCACACGUCUCUGAGUUUCUCCGGGAACAGCUACAUAAAGUACCGUAUAAUCGACGGAGGGAGGAGAGAGGAGAUGAAGCUGCAGCUCCGGAUCAGAACCCUGCAGAGUAAAGGCAUCAUCAUGUACACUCGGCCGGAGCCGUGCACCGUGCUUAAGAUUGAAGAUGGCCGCCUCUGGUUCCAGCUGGACUGUGAUAAAGGUGGUCCCGGAGUGCUGGGCAUCUCCAGCUGGCCCAUAAACGACGGGAACUGGCACCAGGUGACCCUGGAGCUGGGCGGCAACUUCAGCAGCCUGUCUCUGGACGACGGCUCGGUGCUGCGGCGCCAGGCUCCACCCAGGUUCCGGCCUCCGGGUUCCGAUUGGUCACUGUUUUUCGGGGCACAGGUGCUGCCGCCGGACGCCCGCGGACUGACUGAGCGGAAGGCCCCACGAGUCAGCAACGGGUUCCAGGGCUGCCUGGACUCCAUCAUUCUGAACGAUAACGAGCUCCCGCUGCAGAACAAGCGCAGCCGCUACGCCGAGGUGGUGGGGCUGUCCGAGCUCAAACUGGGGUGCGUCCUGUACCCAGACGCCUGCGCCAACCAGCCCUGCCUUAAUGGUGCCACGUGCGUCAGCCUGCCCUCUGGAGGUUUCUCCUGUAGCUGCAGUGCUCUGCACACCGGGGGGCGCUGUGAGACCGAGAUCAGCGUGUGUGUGCCGAACCCCUGCCAGAACGGCGGCGUGUGUAAACCCAUCGGGAAUGCUUUCAUCUGCAGCUGCAAGAGGGGAUACACCGGAAUCACGUGUGACUCUGAUGUGAACGAGUGUGAGAGUGAGCAGUGUGAGAACGGCGGCGUGUGUGUAAACACCUUUGGCUCGUUCUACUGUAACUGCACGGUGGGCUUCGUUGGGCGGUCCUGUUCGGUGCGGCCGGUGCUGGUACCAGAUAUGCAGGCAGGGCACGCGUACGUGGGGAAGGAGGAGCUGAUCGGAAUCGCAGUCGUACUCUUCCUCAUCCUCACGCUCAUCCUUCUCUUUGUCGCCUUCCGCAAGAAGGUGUUCCAGAAGAGCUACUCCAGGAACAACCUGUCUCUGGUCCAGGAUCCCGCCACGGCCGCCUUGCUGCACAAAGCCAAUGGUGGUCACUUCCCGCCCCUGCAGUCCGCCGUGGGAGACCCCAUUAACCUGUACACAGAAGGGGGCGGAGUCAUAGUGGGACCGCCCCAAGUCCCGGUUCGGCCAAUGGCGUACACACCCUGCUUCCCCGGCGAUGGGAGCCUGGAGAAGAGGGGUGGGACCAGGAGGGGGGCGGAGCUGACAGAGAUGAGCACGUUUCACCCGGCGACGGCGACCAUGACGACGGAGUCUCCGCGGAUACUGGGCGGCGCCACGCGGAGGGGCGUGGUGGUGUGCAGUGUGGCACCGAACCUGCCGCCAUCGUCACCCUGCAGAUCGGAGUGCGACUCUCUGCGGAAGAGCCCCUGGGAGGAGGAGGGUAAAGUGGACAUGCUGGAAGAGGUCACUUGUUUUUCGGGUAGCAAUAAAGGCAGCAACUCUGAGGUCCAGUCACUGAGCUCCUUUCAGUCUGAUUCCUGCGACGACAAUGCUUCCAUAGUGACGGUCAUUCGAUUGGUCAAUGACGCAGUCGACACAAUCGAAAAUGAAGUUUCCGUUAUGGACCAAGGUCAGACCUACAGCCGAGCAUACCACUGGGACACUUCGGAUUGGCUGCCCAGCACCCGCCUGCCAGACAUUGAGGAGGUGCCCACCUAUGAGGGCGGAGAAGUGGGCGUGGCCUUGGAGUCUGACUAUUACCUGGGCGGCUUCGACAUCGAUAGCGACUACCCGCCCCCUCAGGAGACGGAGUUUAUGUCCCAGGAACAGCUGGCUCCGCCCCUUCCCGCCGAAGACUAUGAUGACACGUCUGUCAGCCGACCCGUGUCCAGGGAGGCCACGCUCAGGCCCCGCCCACACUUCCACCCCAGCCAGUAUCUGCCUCCGCAUCAGCUGCCUCUGGGGCCAGGAGGGGAGGUGGAGUUUAGCACUUUUGUGGGCGGAGUCGAGCGUCUGUCAAUCAACACAUCCUCUUCAGCCUCGGACGACUCCGCCCACUGCGUUUUCACGCAUUCGGAGACAGGAGGGAGUCUGGACAGUCUGGACAAUGCACAGAUGCAGCCACACACGCAACAGACUGAGGUGUGAUUUGCAGCGAACUGGACACUCGCUGACCACAGCAAACUGUCUUAGCUGCAAAAGAUGGACAUACAAGUCUGGAACAGCCUGUAAAGACAGAAUGUCAAACAAAACAAGCACACAAACUGACCAAUGGAGUGACCGCAAGUCUCUCACAGACAAGGCAGACAGAAAGUUUACCCUUUUUUUGUUUGUUUGUUUUUUUGUAAACCUUGCUCACUGACCACUGAACGCUGCUGCCCAGAGUGCGUGUACCUGUGUGUGCAAGUGUGUGUGUGUGUGUGUGUGUGUGUGUGUGUUCAUCAUCAGAGGUUAGCGUAAACGGCACAAACAUCAUCGUCAUCUUACUUUGUCAGUUCAAAAAUUCCCUAAGGGAAAACUAAUAGCACACCUGUGGGAUUUGCAAUAGUAUGUUAGUGAAAAGCUUAGUUUGAAGCUCGUAUGACGUUAGCGUAUUUUUGCAUCUAUCAGUUUCAGUAAAUAAUUCUGCUGCCACUGUUUUUCAUUCCUAACAACUCACCCAAACCUGGCUUGUACUCACAGUCAGUUAUCUAGAACUUCCAGAAGGACUAGAGUGAUUUUUACAUGCGUCAUAAAUCAGAAUAUGAUUGGUUGGUUCCUAGUACUAUUUUUUUGGUUUCUAGUUCCUAGUACUAUGUAAGUAGCUAGUCUAAUUUGUAAGGCCUUCUGUCCGGCUCCUGAAGCCCUAAUCAGUGAAAAAGCUGUCUUGAUUGGAUACAUUUUCCAUCAAGCAAACCACAAUUUAAUUAUUUUGUUUACAACCAAAGUUUGAAAAAUGAAAUAAAAGUAUUACUACAAUACAACCAUGAUGGUUCUAUUACUCACAAAUAAAUGUUAUUUGCCCUAAAUGUUAUGGUUAGCUAUUUCCCCAGAAUUCGUUAGGCCUCCGCAGGCUUAGAAGACCUCGCAGGUUCCCUGCCGUCGCAUUUAAUGUCUCCUUUUUGCCUUAAAAACACAAGAAACAACGGAAAGUUUCGCAUCUGCACUUUCCACACAAUUUCCUGGCUCUGUUCACGGAGUUAUGAGGCAGAAAUAUUUCAGAUAUACGAUGACAGAUGAUUCUGUUAUUACUGACGGUAACAGAUGCAACUGAGGGUCGAACUGAGAUUUUUAUUCGCUGUGUUUUAUUGCUUUGUGUGUGUUUUUCACUCAAAUAGCAGAACUUUUCCUGCAAAUGCUAAAGGUUCAUAUUUAGACCACUAAACUGAUAGAUCUCUCUCUCUCUCUCUCUCUCUCUCUCUGUCUCUCUGUCUCUCUGUCUCUCUGUCUCUCUCUCUCUCUGUCUCUCUCUCUCUCUCUCUGUCUCUCUCUCUCUCUCUCUGACUCUGUCUCUCUCUCGCUCUCUCUGUCUCUCACUCUCUCUGACUCUGUCUCUCUCUCUGUCUCUCUCUCACUCUCUCCUGCAGGGUGAAUCAUUACUCUGUCUAACUGUUGCCCCACAAAUGGCUCUAUUGCUCAAACUCCAGGAUCAUUUAGAUGCUGUGUGUGUGUGUGUGUGUGUGUGUGUGUGUAUGUGUGUGUAGGGGCAGCGUGACUUUGUGUGUCAGUGCGAUAUUCAGAUAUUGUCUAAAUUCAUCUCGCACUGCUUUUGUUUUAUUGUGUUUUGUGUUGUCAGUUUGGGGCAGUAGGUGUGUAUCAGAGAGUCAUAUCAGCACACAGUUCAGAGAGCAGCCGUUUACACACACACUCAAACACACACACACACACACACACACACACACACACUGCUGUUCCGACAGACCAGGACGUUUGAAUCUGCCGUCCAAGACUGACAGAGUGAGAGAGGGGGAGAGAGAGAGAGAGAAAGAAAGAGAGAGAGGACUAAUAGAAAGCACAAUGUUGCUGUCUUAAGAAAGGAACAAAGAAAAAGAACUGAAACCCGUCUAAACUUUCAUGUAUAUACGGGGGAAUUCCACCAAUUUUCUAAAUUUCUCCUUAAGUUAAGAUUAGAUACAAAAUUUGUUCAGAGUGGUUUGGUGUGAAACGCUCUGUUCUAGAGAAACUCACCGCGUGAGAACUGUUCACAGUGGUGGUGAUAGGACCCAGACGUCCACCUCUAAAAGCUCCUCACAGAAAGUUCCUACUGGCCUAAAAUGUAUGUUUCCCAAAUAUUAAUUGUGGAGAGUUACAAGCAUCAGUAUUUCAGAUUUUCCACCAUUUUCCCAUCAUCAACAUUUCAUAUAAACUCAGAAGACUCGUGUAGGUUCUCUGCUGGUUCUGGAUGGUAAAUAAAAUGUCUAUAUUUGCGUUGCAGUCAUGGUGACCCCUAAUUCCUAUCACCACCUCUGUAAAGGAAUCUGAGUCUUUACAAUCAACCAUUUCACAUAAAUGAUCGUUUAUCUCAAGAUGUAGAAAUUGUUAAGAAUUGGAGGAAAUCCCCUUCAGUGUAAUGAGAUUUUAUCCCAAGUCAUUUUGGACUAUUGUUAUUUAUCCAUCCAUCAUAAAAUGCUCACACUUGGUAUUUUCCAUAAACUUAAAAAACAAGGUAUGAAGUUUUCACAUGAAAGCAACAAAAAGCAAGUUUGAGAGGGAAAUGCCACGUCAGAAAACUGAUGGAGAAAGAAAACUGAUGCUGUAGUGCCGAAGAGAAAGUAGGAGAAAGCUGUCCAGUCCAAUUCUUGGGGAACCUACAUUAGCAGUUGAACGUUUGCACACACCUACUCUCCAGUUUUACUUUUUCACUUCUUAGAAUAACAAUGAUGUCAUCAGAACUAUAAAACUCCAAUCAGAAAUGGUGUCCUUAUGUCAAAUAAGGUUGUUUAGACCCCGCCUACCAACAGCACACCUGAUUGGCUCAAAGACGUUCCAGUAAUCAACUUUUUUACAAUUUUCAAUUGUAACAUUCCGCUAAAAUUCGAAGUGAAAUCUCCUUGAUUGGAAGGCAUUCAAAAAAUAUAUUUUUUACAUUGAAAUUAUUUGUUUCAGAAAUAAAUGUAUGUAUAAAUAUCAACCACUGUUUGCAAAUAGAAAAAAAAUGUAUUACAUCAAAAAUUCAGAUAUGAAUUUUGGAAAGAAACCGCUGUAGGCUUCACUGUUUGACAAAUUUAAAGCUUAUAAACAUAAGCAUUUAGAUCAGAAUAUCUUUAAUGAAAAAUUAUGAAUCUUUAUGAGAAAAAAAAAAGUUCAAUUUAAAUAACACUCCAAUCAGAAAUAAUCUGCCAAAUAAAGUUUACCAACAACACAAAUGAUUGACUUAAAUGCUUUAACGAGGACACAUGUUCCACUAAUUAACCUUUAAGACGGAAGACAUAGUGGUGUGGAAGGUCUACUGAACAUAAUGCCAUUUUCAACAUUUUCCAAUUGUAAAAUUUUGCUACAAUUUUAAGUGAAAGCUACUUGAUGGAAGUACAUUACAAAACAAAUGGUUUUCACAUUUUUUUUUUUUGUUUUGUUUUGGAAGUAAAUGUGUUCAUUUUUUCAACAUUAUCCAAUUGUAAACUUUCACAAAAAAUUUAAGUGAAAGCUUUUUGAUGGAAGUGCAUUACAAAAAAAAUCACAUUUUUUUUUCAUUUUGGAAGUAAAUUUAUAGACUUUUUCAACAUUUUCCAAUUGUAAAAUUUUGCUACAAUUUUAAGUGAAAGCUACUUGACAGAAGUUCAUUAUAAAAAAAUAGUGUUCACCUUAAUUUUUUGUUUUGGAAGUAAAUGUAAUUACUUACUUUGUAUCUCCCACAUUAUUUGUUUAAUUAAUUAUUAUCUAUAGAAUUAAACAGUGAAGUAAUGUAUAUGGGGCUAUGAAGUGACCAAAAAUAGCAAAGAUCAUUUUGGAAAGAAAUUGUUAUGUAGGCUUAAACAUUCAUUUAGACAAAAAAUCUUUAAAAUGAUAAACACAUGUUCAUUCAUUUGGGUCCACACUUUUGGGGUGAUUUCUGUCUGUCUGUUCUGUCUGGAGACGUUUGUUUUGCGAGAUGUAAGUUUGAAUUCUAAGUUGUUUUUGUACAGUGUAAAUAGCUAUAGGUUGUUCAAAUGCAGAUUUUGUAGAUAUCAAAUUGUGGUGAUUGCAGGGGUUCUGAAUUCGGGAAGAGUUGGUCAAAAAUCUCUCGCACACACAUACUUGAGUAUGUGGCCAUACUUUGUAACACUCACACAUACACACACUCGUCUGGGCUCACCGGCUGUGUGUAUCACUGUUUUACGUUGUUUUGUUGCUGUUUUUCAUUUUGUUUUUUUGUUUUUUAUCUCUGUAGAAUAGCUGAGGUUUUUCAUCAUAUCUGCUUCAAUUUGUUUUCUUCACCUUUUGCAUCGAAGGAAAGAAUCAGUCUGGACUUUCUGCUUUCUCGCUGCAGAGAAAAUGCUUUUUUUUAUUGCUCCCUUGUUUAUUUCGUUCUGUCCAUCUUGUCAGUAUUAAAGUGGCUCUAAUCUAAAUUGAAGUGUAUAAAAAUGCCUUUUUUUAACUGCUGAUUUUUGUUUUUUAAUCAAUGCCGAAAUUAAAAAUAAUCUUGAUGAAGUUAAA